AUGGAUAUAUUCCCAGAUAAAGUCUCAAAAGCGGCUGACGCUGCAAACAUCAUCUCGGAAUUUGUUGCUCAUGAGCAAGUCUGCACUCUGUCAGAUCUGCACCGCGCCCUCUUCCGCUCGUCGGCGACCAAGAAGCAGCUGAAUGUCAAGACAAGCCCGGGUUCUGUGGCGGUAGUCGUUUUGUGCGGCUCUGCAAUAUUAUCCAUUGUAGAUACAGUCAUAUCAUCGGUGAUGAAAUUGGUCGAGGCAAUGGCAGAUGAACCGGUGGUUCUGGUCAUCACCGGUGGCAUCGGGCACUCGACCCAAUUGCUAUAUGAUGCUGUAGCUCGACAUCCCAAGUACAAUAGCAUUACUGGCCAAGUUCAGGGACAACCAGAGGCUCGGGUCUUCCAGACCAUUGUCGAGCAAUUCUUUCACCUUGAAGUUAAAAAGGGCAGCCUCAUAACCGCCGGAAAGCACCCAACACAAAAGCUCACUAUUUUGAUCGAGGAUGCCUCAACAAAUUGUGCACUAAAUGCAGUGUUCACGAGAAAGGUAUUAGACCAGCAUGGAUACACAUCACCAUAUUCUAUUGUCGUCGCUCAAGAUCCCACCAUGUGCCGGCGUACAGUUGCUGCCUUUGAGCAAGUUUAUUCUGAUAAGAUGGACGAUACUCCUGUGUUUGCCGGCUGGCCAACCUUCGUACCCAGGGUGGCGGUUCAAGACUCUAUAGCUCAAAACCAAGUGGGCGGUCUCAGUUCCUACUUGCGGUAUGACAUUGCAGAGUUUCACAACAACCAAGCCAACGGUCUUUGGGGUAUGGAACGGCUUAUGUCUCUACUUGUUGGCGAGAUUCCACGAAUGAGAGACGACCAGAAUGGAUACGGGCCGCGAGGCAAAGGCUCUAUCGUCCAUGUUGAUAUACCGCAAUAUGUCGAGGAUGCAUGGAUGAUACUUGGCGAUACACUCGGCCAGAAGAUGCGAUAGCGCAGUGUACACGCAUAGGUCGAGUGAGGUUGAUUGAAUACAUACGUACCAGAGCUGUGGAAUUGCCUUUUGCUGGUCCCACGUGCCCAAGCUUGAACCACACCGUUAUACUAUGGUAGCUUCA